CCGGCCACAUUUCCAGAAUCUCCGGCCAAAUUUUUCGCCGGAAUGUUAGUUUUCCGUUUCCACCGACAACUCCGUGGUGUUAAUGAUUGUACUCUGAGCUUUAAUGAUUGUACUUUGAGGUUUAUAUUUUGAUACUGUGAAGCUUCUAAGUGGAGCUGCUAGUGCUUUUUUUCUAUUUCGGCUUUCCGAUCUCGUUUUUACCAAGAUAGGUCUAUACUUGUAAAAACAUACCUUUUCUAUACUCGAUAUAUGUGGAAUGCCAUUCUUUUUAUGAAGAUAUGAAUAGAGGAAUUAAGAUGAAUGGGUUUCCGAAUGGGAAGAGUCGUAAUCAUGAUAAACCUUCUCCAGGAUGCUUGGGACGAAUGGUGAACCUCUUUGAUUUAAAUUCAGGGGUGGCAGGAAAUAGGCUGCUUACAGAUAAACCACAUCGCGAUGGUUCACUCUCGAGGAGCCAAUCAGAUCUGGUGCGGUUGUCGCCAUCUUCUGAGGAUCAAGUAGAAGAAAAACUGGUUGUCUCGAAUUUGAAGAGGACUAGUUCAAACAGGAAAUCAAAUGGAACACCAAUUAAGAUGCUUAUAGCCCAAGAAAUGUCCAAGGAAAUAGAUUCUAGUCACAAUCCACCUAGUGUUGUUGCCAAGCUGAUGGGGCUUGAUGCUCUUCCGCAGAAAUCUGUUCCAGCUAUAAGACAUAAUUUUGGAGCUCAUUCGCGGUGUCAUACAGAUUCCUCUUUCAGCUAUUGCCAGCACGAAAACGAAUCCUUGACGGAAGAACUGCAGCAAGAAUUUCAUCAAUACCCAGAGCAGAAUGAAUAUAAAGAUGUUUAUGAAGUUUGGCAGCAACCCCAAAAAACGAACUGUGUGAGAAGUAAAUCCCCACAAAAGGCAAGACACGACGAAACUAGUUUGGACAAGAAGUCAGCCUUUGUUCGUCAGAAGUUUAUUGAAGCAAAAUGUUUAUCCAUAGAUGAACAACUUCGCGAGUCUACGGAAUUCCAAGAUGCAUUGGAUGUCUUAAGUUCCAACACGGAUCUGUUCCUCAAGUUUCUGCAAGAACCAAAUCCAAUGUUUUCUCAGCAUUUAUAUAAGUUGCAGUCUAUACCUCCUCCUCCUGAGACAAAGCGAAUAACUGUUCUAAGACCAUCAAAAAUGGUUGAUGAUUGUAAAUUUGGUGGAUCAGUGAAGAAAAAUGAAAUAAACAGAACAACCCAUGUAGGUCUGGGAAACAGGGCAAAAAACCAUAUGGCAUUUUCCCCUCCCGCAGCAAGUUGGAACAUUGAUGAAAAUCAUGCUCAACCUACACGGAUAGUCGUGUUAAAACCAAGCCUUGGUAAGACUCACAACUAUAGGGCUGCAAGUUCUUCACCUUCAGCAUCACCGAGAGUAUCACAAACUGAAACAAGUUUCGUCAACAUGGAGGCUAAUGAAGCUCAAGAAUCAAGAGAAGUGGCACAAACUAUCACACAGCAUAUGCGAGUAAACAUAGGUGGACAUCAAAGGGAUGAAACAUUACUUUCUUCUGUAUUUGCAAAUGGCUACAUUGGUGAUGAAAGCUCAUUUAAUAAAUCUGAAAAAGAGUAUGCAGCUGGAAAUAUCAGUGAUUCUGAAGUCAUGUCACCAGCUUCUAGGCACUCGUGGGAUUAUAUCAAUAGGUUUGGCAGCCCUUAUUCUUGCUCCUCCUUGGGCCGUGCUUCUUAUUCCCCUGAAUCUUCAGUUUCUAGAGAAGCCAAGAAGCGACUUUCUGAGAGAUGGGCGAUGGUGGCAUCUAAUGGCAGUUGUCAAGAACAAAGACAAAUGAGGAGAAGCUCCAGCAACACUUUAGGUGAGAUGCUUGCUCUUUCUGAUAUUAAGACGGCAGGAAGAAUAGAGCAGGAGAGUAUUAAAGAAGAUCCCCAGAUUUCAAAUUCCGCCUCGGUGAGUAAUUCCAAAGAUGAUGAUGCUAUCAACAAGUCACCAAGGAAUCUCUUGAGGUCUAAAUCUGUCCCUCUAUCCUCUACUGCAUUCAGUUCGCAGUUGAAUGUGGGUGCCCCAGAUCCUGUGACCGGAGAAAAUGACCUCCCCAAGCAGACAACAAAACCGAGAAGUACAAAAUCAUCACUGAAAGGGAAGGUCUCAAAUCUUUUCUUCUCUAGGAACAAAAAGUCAAACAAAGACGGAGCCAAGUGCUUGCAAUCCAAUGAUGAAUUGCAGUCAGGUGCAAAGCCUUUACAUUCUCUAUCAAAAGUUGACAAAUAUAGUGGUGAAUUCCUUGAUGAUCGAAGGGUUGAGUGCUCAGCAAGCGAUCUUCAUGAAUCAUCAUGUGCGCUAACUUGUGAAGAUUUAGUUGGGAAGCAAGGCACAACCUCUCCUGAGGUUGUGCUCUCUGGAGCAAGAUCUUUGCACGCUGGACACCCAUGUGAGAACCAGGACCAACCAAGUCCUAUAUCAGUUUUGGAGGCACCAUUUGAAGAGGAUGAACAUCCAGCAUGUAUAUCAUCUGGCAGUAUCAAGCCAGACCGUCAUGCAGGUGCCGAGUUGUCUCUUCACCCUAUAAAGUCCAACUUGAUCGAUAAAUCUCCUCCAAUAGGAUCAAUUGCUCGUACAUUAUCAUGGGACGAUUCCUGUGCAGAUACAGCCAGUUCAGUUUACGUGAGACCAUCAUCAUCCACUCAGAGGAUUGAGGAAGUAGAACGUGAAUGGUUCUCUUUUGUUCAAACAUUACUAACUGUGGCUGGUCUUGAUGAAGUGCAGUCUGACGCUUUCUCAACCAUGUGGCAUUCUCCUGAAAGCCCUUUGGACCCGUCACUCAGAGAAAAAUACAUUGAUCUGAAUGAGAAGGAGACACUACAUGAGGCUAAGCGAAGACAAAGGAGAUCAACCCAGAAGCUUGUGUUUGAUUGUGUAAAUGCAGCUUUACUAGAAAUUGCAGGAUAUGGGCCAGACAAUUGCCAAAGAGCCAUACCUUCUAUGGGGGUCCAUAAUAAUCUGCCACAGGGAACUAGGCUAGUAUUGUUGGACCAAGUGUGGGACCGAAUGAAGGAAUGGUUUCCUAGUGAAGCGAAAUAUCUCUCUAUUGAUGGCGGGGACUUAGACAGCCUGGUGGUGGAGGGUAUGGUAACGAAGGAGGUAACGGGGAAAUGGUGGCUUGAAAAUUUGAGAUUAGAAUUAGACAAUGUAGAAAUCGAAAUUGAAGGGAAGUUGCUCGAAGAGCUUGUGCAUGAAUCUGUCGUUGAAUUUGCAGGUAGAAUGUGAUGAGUCUUCUGCACUUAUUCUUCUUUGUUUUUUUUUUUUUUUUUUUGCACAAUAAUAUAACAUUAUUGUUUGUGUAUCAUUGUAUUUGCCAACAACACUGCCCAAAGGUAAUUGUUUAAUGUUGUGAAGUGUAUGCAAAUCUGUACUGAUCUA